AUGGGGUGCUGGGAUCGGAACCGCGGGCGGCUGCUGUGCAUGCUGGCGCUGACCUUCAUGUUCAUGGUGUUGGAGGUGGUCGUGAGCCGGGUGACCUCGUCCCUGGCCAUGCUGUCCGACUCUUUCCACAUGCUGUCGGACGUGCUGGCGCUGGUGGUUGCGCUAGUGGCCGAGCGCUUCGCCCGGCGGACUCACGCCACCCAGAAGAACACGUUCGGCUGGAUCCGAGCCGAGGUGAUGGGCGCCCUAGUGAACGCCAUCUUCCUGACCGGCCUCUGCUUCGCCAUCCUGCUCGAAGCCAUCGAGCGCUUCAUCGAGCCGCACGAGAUGCAGCAGCCGCUCGUAGUGCUGGGCGUCGGCGUGGCGGGGCUGCUGGUCAACGUGCUGGGGCUCUGCCUCUUCCACCAUCACAGCGGCUUCGGCCGCGAAGCGGGGCACGGACAUUCGCACGGUGCCCACGGCCGCGCCAAGAGCAGCCGACCGGGCGGCGAGGGCAGCGCGGGCGCGGGCCGCCGGGGGCGCGACCAGGAGGAGACCAACACGCUGGUGCCGGACAGCAGCGCCUCCAACGGGACGCGCGUUGAGCCGGCGGAUACAGAGAAAUCCAGAAAUGAUGCAAUGGAUGUACAAGUGAAUGGAAAUCUUAUCAAAGAGCCUGACAAUAUGGAAUUAGAAGAAGAAGAUAAGACUGGACAACUUAACAUGCGUGGAGUUUUUCUGCAUGUCUUUGGAGAUGCCUUGGGUUCAGUGAUAGUCGUAGUAAAUGCCUUGGUCUUUUACUUUUCUUGGAAAGGUUGUCCUGCAGGGGAGUUCUGUGUGAACCCAUGUUCUCCUGACCCCUGCAAAGCAUUUAUAGAAAUAAUUAAUAGUACUCAUGCGCCAGUUUAUGAGGCUGGCCCUUGUUGGGUACUAUAUUUAGACCCAACUCUUUGUAUUGUAAUGGUUUGUAUACUUCUUUACACAACUUAUCCAUUACUUAAGGAAUCUGCUCUUAUCCUUCUACAAACUGUUCCUAAACAAAUUGAUAUCAAGCAUUUGAUAAAAGAACUUCGAAAUGUUGACGGAGUUGAGGAAGUUCAUGAAUUACAUGUUUGGCAACUAGCUGGAAGCAGAAUCAUUGCCACUGCUCAUAUAAAAUGUGAAGAUCCGACAUCAUAUAUGCAGGUGGCUAAAACCAUUAAGGACGUUUUUCAUAAUCACGGAAUCCAUGCUACAACCAUCCAGCCGGAAUUUGCUAGUGUAGGCUCUAAAUCAGGUGUAGUCCCCUGUGAGCUUGCUUGCAGAACUCAGUGUGCUUUGAAGCAAUGUUGUGGGACACGGCCGCAAGCCCUUUCUGGAAAGGAUGCAGAAAAGGCCCCAACAGUUAGCAUUUCUUGUUUAGAACUUAGUGACAGUCUGGAGAAGAAGCCCAGGAGGACUAAAGUUGACAACAUUCCUGCCGUUGUGAUAGAGAUUAAAAAAGUGCCAGACAAACAACCUGAAUCAUCUUUGUAA